GUAGUUUAACGAGCAUUUAACAUUUCAACAUCUGUUCCAUGAGAGAACCCCACAGCUCAUUCAACUCUCUUCAUUAGCAAAGAGAUGCUAUGAGUAUUCAUCAGCAAUAUGAGAAUGCUUUCCAGCUCGAGACUAUACAGGAGUGUGAGGAAGAUGAGGCAGAGAAGGGUGAAGAUGAAAGAGAGGAGGAAGAUGAGGCCGAAGAUCAGAGAGAAGAAGAGAAGGGAGAGUCUGAGGAGGAGCAGCUUAAAGUGAUGAGGCCUGGGCGCUUGUCAAUUUCCCUUGUUCUGGAUGAUACGUUAACACAGGAGAGGAUAACGGAUCAUUCUGACCCUGGGCCCACAACUCCUAGGACACCAGAGGACUUCUGCGUGAAUGUUAGCCCACCCAGGGCCCCUCGGUCUGGUCUAGAGAGAGCAUGUUGUGAAGGCAGUGAGGCUGACGGUGGAAUAAAGGUCAAGUUCUUCAGAAACAUGAGGAGGAAACCAACAUCUGCCACAAGGAGAAGACUUUCCUUGUCCUCAUUAGAAGAAACACCACGCAGACCUGGGAAGACGAGAAGAGGACAAAGAAAGGGUGGUGAUCCAGAUCCUCUCCCUCAGUGGCUAGUGAAUCUGAUGUACAACAUUGAAGAGGCCACCACACACCAGCUAGUUGUUGAGUAGGUUCCAUGUUUGAUGUAUGUUUGAUUCGAAACCGUAUUAAAGGAUUCAUCACUGACA